GAGGCCAAGUACACCAAGAAGAUGCAAGUGCUGCGGGACGAGCUCGACUUGCGGAGGAAGACCGAGAUCCACGAGGUGGAGGAGAGGAAGAACAGCCAGAUCAGCGAGCUGAUGAGGAACCACGAGAAGGCCUUCAGUGACAUCAAGGACUACUACAACGAUAUCACCCUCAAAAACCUGGCGCUCAUCAACUUGCUGAAGGAGCAGAUGGAGGAGAUGAAGAAGAGAGAGCAUCACUUGGAAAAGGAGAAGGCAGAUGUGCUGCUCCAGAACAAGCAGCUGAAGGAGCCCCUGCAGCAGGCCCAGGAGCAGGUGUCUGAGCUGCAGAAGAAGUUGGUCCACUAUGACAAGGACAAGGAGGCCCUGACAAACACAAAAGCCCGUCUGAAAGUCACCCAGAAGGAACUGAAGGAUCUUCAGUGGGAACACGAAGUGCUGGAGCAGAGGUUCAGUAAGGUGCAGGCGGAGCGAGAUGAGCUCUAUCAGAAGUUCACCAAAGCCAUUACUGAGGUGCAGCAGAAGACGGGUUUCAAGAACCUGCUCCUGGAGCGCAAGCUGAAAGGACUCCUCAGCGUCCUGGAGAAAAAGGAGGUGGAGCUCAGCGAGGUCUUCGCAAUUUCCAACCUCGACCCGGGCGCCCUCUCCUUGGUCUCGCACAAGCUGGAGGACAUGCUCAAUUCCAAGAACACGACCAUCAAGGACCUGCAGCUCCAGCUGGCCCGAGCCUGCAAGGCACACAAUGACAUGCUGCAGACGUUCGAGGCAAAGCUGACGGCCUUUGGCAUCCCCCUGGACAACCUGGGCUUCAAGCCCCUGGCGAGCCCCGUGCCGGGGCAGGCGCUGGGGCAGGGCCCCGCCGGACUCGUUGCCGUGCCCACCUGA